AUGUUUAAACGGAAGAAAGCUGACACUAUGAUGGAUAGAAGUGACGACGAAGUAGAGCUGGGCUCUGUCACAACAGGGAAUGCGAGCAGGAUGCUGAAACCGCAGUGCCGACAAUGGAAAAGUGUUAGAUCAUGGAGACUGGUGCUUGGACUAUGGGUUGCGUGGGUGGCACUUAUACAUUACUAUGAGCAUACGGUUGUUGUGCGGGCGAUGAAGAAAUGCCAAUGGAACAAAUGGGAGCAAUGGGAGAAUCCUGUGGGAGCACACCAUGUUGCUCUAUUUGCUGACCCACAGAUCAUGGAUAAUCACUCAUACCCUGGAAGGCCCGCAAUAGUCAAUUAUUUUACAAGAGUCAUCCUAGACCACUAUUUGGCCAGAAAUUGGAAAUAUGUGCAAGGAUACCUGGAACCACAAACAUCAGUGUUCUUGGGUGAUCUAUUCGACGGUGGAAGAUAUUGGGAUGAUAAGUACUGGUUUAACGAAUACCAGAGAUUUAACCGUAUUUUUCCAAGAAAACCUGGUACCACAACGAUAACCAAUGUUGCUGGUAAUCACGAUAUUGGAUUUGGCGAUACAGUGGUAAAAAAUAGUUUACUUAGAUUUUCAGCGUUUUUUGGAGAGACAUCCGAUUACUUUCACAUUGGUAACCACACUUUUGUGGUGUUAGAUACCAUAUCUUUGUCUGACUCUGCAGAUCCACAUAUAUCUGAAAAACCAAGAGACUUUCUUGAGAAAUUUGGAGAAGUUGAUCCAUCAUACCCACGCAUCAUGCUGUCUCAUGUUCCUUUAUGGAGAGACGUUACUAAACAAACCUGUGGAAGUCGCAGAGAAUCUUCAAAUUUAUUCCCAGUUAUGAAAGGCGACCAAUAUCAGACUGUGAUAACCGAGGAAAUCUCAAAUGAUGUGCUUGACACCAUAAAACCAAUUUUGCUCUUCUCUGGUGAUGACCAUGAUUAUUGCCAUAUUAAGCACGAAUAUACCCCCAAAGAUGGAUCAGGCACUAAACUUGCUAAUGAAUACACAGUUAAGUCGUGUGCUAUGAAUAUGGGCAUUAGUAAGCCUGCCAUUCAGCUAUUAUCGCUAUACAAUCCACAAAGCGAGAUGGGGAUAGGACUUACAGGCCAAACAUACUCAACAGAGAUGUGCUAUAUGCCUGACCCUUAUAAACCAUUAACCAUGUACAUAAUCGCAGCGAUUUUUUGUCUGAUAAUUCUAAUUAAGACUAGCUUCUUUCCCAAACGUUACAUUAGAUCCAAGUAUCAAAACUUCGCAGGAAAAAUAAAGAAGGUAGAUGAAACAUUACCAAUGCCUGUAAGUAUCAGUGAUGCGCAGUUAGAGGAUAAAAAAUUGAAAGCCUCACUACAGAGCAGCGAAGAACAGUCAAAGUUUGCAGUAUUUUUCCAGAAAGUGGGCUCUUUGGCCGCUCUGGUUCUUGCAACAUUUUUCUACUACUAUUGUGUGAUAUAG